AUGUUCGGAUCUCUCGAGGAAAAUUUGGAUUUUGUGACAGGGAAAGUCUUUGGUUUGAUUUGCUAUUUUUCAGGUCAUCAUCUUGAUCCAAUCUACGGUGGCCUGCAACUUCGGCGAGUAACUGAAGUGCAAAUACCUGAAAUUGGUCCACCCGAAAAUAGAGUUUUCAUUUUGCGGGAACUUGAGCCGAAGGAAGACGAUGGGCUCCAGGGGGUUUUUGGUGGGGGAGUUCUUUGCAGUGUUCGUCGAGGUUUAUCGGCGGGCCUGGCUCCUGCACCGCCUAGCGUUCUCGUUCGAUGUGGAGGUUCGGGUGUUUCUUCUCGGACGGCA